AUGAAGCGCCUUCAAUGGCCAACCCGCGGCGCCUGCGUGGUAGCGCCCCGAGUGGCUGCUUUCUGGAAGGAUGCGCGCGACACGCGUUUUGACCUUCGCAAACUUUACACAGUGAAACUUAGCAAGAGCAACGUUGUCCAUGUUAGCAUGGCCCCAAGAAAGAGAAAGGCCAAGCAGCUGGAAGCGGAGGACAGUCAGGAUGAGGAAGACAGGAGGAAGAGGAGGCACGGGAAUAAGAAGUACAUCGGCGCUCAUGUCGGUAUUCAAGGUGGGAUAUGGAAAGCAGUGGGAUCGUGCGUAGAGAUGGGAGGCAGCAGCUUUGCCUUGUUUCUGGGUUCUCAGCGCUCAUGGAAGAGGCCCGAACUGGACCAAACAGCCGCAGCCAAGUUCCGGGAGCAAUGUUCCACACACGGGUUCGACCCGGCUCACGUCCUGCCUCACGGGUCCUACCUCAUGAACUGUGGUUCUCCAAAGCCGGACGUGUUCGAGAAGAGCCAGGCCCUGCUGGUGAACGAGCUCAACCGCUGCAGCCUCCUGGGCCUCAGUCUCUACAACUUCCACCCUGGUUCCUCGCUGGGCUCCAUCACCACAGAGCAGUGUGUGGAGAAGAUAGCGGGGGCCAUUAACCACGCGCACCAGCAAACACCUGCAGUGGUUACAGUGUUGGAGAACAUGAGCGGUCAAGGGAGCACGGUGGGCGGUCAGUUCUCCGAGCUGAAGAGCAUCAUAGACAAAGUGAGAGACCAGACCAGAGUUGGAGUGUGUCUGGACACCUGUCACGCCUUUGCAGCAGGUUAUGACUUGGCUGCUGAAGGAGGAGUGAACGCCAUGCUUAAUGAGUUUGAUCAGCAAGUGGGGCUGCGUUAUCUCCGAGCCAUUCAUCUCAAUGACUCCAAAGGUAAACUGGGAUGCAACCUCGAUCGCCAUGAAGACAUUGGUAAAGGACACAUUGGAAUCUCUGCAUUCCGGGACAUUGUUAAUGAGCCCAGACUAGACAACAUCCCUCUGAUCCUGGAGACACCAGGACGGCCAGGAUUUGAAUAUGCCAAGCAGAUUGAACUGCUCUAUUCCUUCUGUGAAAAACAGUAGGGAAUGUUGAUGACGCCUGUGAUGCAUCACAACUGGACAAAGGGGCCAACGGUUUUUUAGGAGUUAAGCUUAAACCUUCAGAAUUGUUUUUUUGUUGUUUAUUGUUACGUGAACAUGUUCAGCACUGGUUUUAUGUGUUUAAAAUGAGUUGAAUAAACAUUUUGCUUGGAGGA